AUGGCAGUUGAUAUUGUCAACGAUCAGCAAUUGAUACCAGUGUUAUCAAAUUAUCAUUCCACCAAUUAUGUGGAUGCAUUAACUUAUGUUACUAGCAAUAAUAAUCAUAUUAACAACGAUAAUAUUGAUGAUAUUGAUAAUGAUGAUAACGAUAAUGAUUUAACUAAUAUGCAAUGGAAUUAUAGAACAAUACCAAUUAUCAAAAGAAGGAAACGUUUUGCUACAGCUCAAACAUCACGAUGGGAUAAGAUGACAUCGGACAAUGUACUCAAAUUAAAAUGGUUCAUCAGUAAGUACACACGUGAUAUGCCUCGUUCUGAAAUCAGAUCAGUAAUCCGGAAAUCAUUUACAAUGUGGUCCACUCAAACAAUUAUUAAUUCAAUGCCAUCCGUAAAACUUCAAUUUGAGGAAGCUUUAUAUGAGGAUGAUGCUGAUAUUGUGAUCCUUUGGGCAGAAGGUGAUCAUGGUGAUGCAUAUAAAUUUGAUGGUACCGGUAAUCAUACCAAUAUUUUAGCUCAUACAUUUUAUCCAACAUAUCAGGAAGAUGGUCAUUUAAAUGGUGACAUACAUCUUGAUGAUGCAGAAAAAUGGAUUAGUGAUAAUCGAGGUGAUGGUACUUCAUUUCCUAAUGUAUUCAUUCAUGAAAUUGGCCAUUCAUUAGGAUUGGGUCACAGUAAACGCGCAGAUGCUAUUAUGUAUCCAAUUUAUAAGAAGGAUAUGAUCGAUAAUGCGUCAUUUGAUUUAGACGACAAAUGCGCUUUAAAUUGGAACUACAUUGGUCCUACCAAUUUAUGUUUAUUUGUAUGGUUAAUGUCUGAAGUGCUACCAAGACAAAUUGAACAUAAAAUGAAUGAUUAUACUUCAGGAGUAGAUUUUAAUAUUAUUCAAAGGUUAACUAACGAUGAUGAUUCGCAGUCUAAAAUAAUUACUCUUAAGGAGCAAUUACAAGGAUCCGGUAUACCAUUAUGUAAUGAUAAUAAUAACGUACGUGAAAAAUUUGAACGUCUUUUAGAAAAGAAACUUGAUUUCUCUAUUCGACAUGCUUCUGAAUAUGGCAAUGUGAUGUGUAACUUUCUGGCUGGCUUACGAAAACGAUUGGAUGGAGAUGGUAGUGAUAAAUUGUUUGAUCAAGCAACUUUACAGGUUACAUCGAUCAAUUAUCUAAGAAUCUUAUCACAACCGUUGCGAUUUCCUUUGCGACGAAAGCAGCGACGUCUUCAUUCAAAACGAUCAUUUAAUCGACAUCAUCGUUAUGGUCAACUAUCGUCGUCCAUUCCUGCUAAUUCAAUUUUUCAUUCGGAAUUUUUCACCGAUGAUUUUUACAAGGAAUUUUUAAAAAUUUAUGUGCAAUAG